GAGGGCGCGGCCAGCCCCGCAGCCCGGUAAUACCGAGCGGCCCCGCAGCCUCUGUGCUCCUUAUGCGGACCGCGACGAAACUAAUCAAUCAUUAAUUAAGGCAGGGCAGGGACAAGGUCGGAUCGAAGGUGCUUUCAGCCGACUCGCUCCCGGUCUCGCUGUCGAUUCCGAUUCCGGUACCGAGGAUGUGGCUGUACGUGGUGGCAGCGCUGGCGGUUCUGUACCUGCUGCGGCGGUGGCACCGGGAGCAGCAGACGGUGCCGAGGCUCUCGGACAAGUUCGUGCUGAUUACGGGCUGCGACAGCGGCUUCGGGAACCUUCUGGCCCGGCAGCUGGACAAGCGUGGGAUGAGGGUGCUGGCUGCUUGCCUGACCCAGCCAGGGGCUGCACGGCUGCAGGAGGUCACCUCGUCACGGCUGCAGACUGUCCUGCUGGAUGUCACCUCCAGCGAGAGCAUUGCUACUGCCACCACCUGGGUCAAGGAGCGUGUGGGCAACCAAGGACUGUGGGGACUGGUGAACAACGCGGGGGUCUCCGUUCCCACUGCACCCAACGAGUGGCUGACCAAGGAGGACUUCGCCAAAAUUCUGGAUGUCAACCUGCUCGGCCUCAUUGAUGUGACCCUGAACCUCCUGCCCCUGGUGAAGCAGGCACGGGGACGGGUGGUCAAUGUGGCCAGCGUGAUGGGCCGGGUCUCUGCUUUUGGAGGGGGUUACUGCAUUUCCAAGUAUGGUGUGGAGGCCUUCUCCGACAGUCUCCGGAUUGAGAUGCGCAACUUUGGGGUGAAGGUCUGCAUAAUCGAGCCUGGCUACUUCAAGACAGCUGUCACCAGCAUCGAGAUCCUGGAGAAGAAUUUUCUGGCCAUCUGGCAGAAGCUUCCGGAGGAAACCAAAGCGAAUUAUGGGGACGAUUACCUGAAGAAGUGUCUGUCAUCACUCAGCAAGGUGCAGAGGAGCUGCAGCUCCAACCUGAAGCUGGUGACGGACUGCAUGGAGCACGCUCUGACCAGCCAGUUCCCUCGCACCCGCUACUCGGCGGGCUGGGAUGCCAAACUGCUCUACCUGCCCCUCAGCUACCUGCCCUCGGCCUUCGUGGACAACGUGCUCAGCUGGUCCUACCCCAAACCAGCCCAGAAAGUCUAAGGCCUGGGUGCAGUAUGGGCAGUCAGAAGCACCAUGGGGUGCGGUCCAGUGUCGCCCACAGCUGUGCCAGUGGGCUCCCAAAUUCCUCCCUCGAUGUAGGUCUCCUUGUGACUCUGCUAUCAGAUGGAUUUGCUUCUGAAUAAAGACAGAGCUUG